CACUUUAUCCUUAGCCCUAUUAAAUGAUAAUUAUAUAUCAUUCCGAGAUGGCAGAGUGGGUAUCCACGUGUGGAAGUCAUAUCCCGGACAAUGCGAUACGUGCCGGGUACGAGACGGACGGAAAGCCUCUGUUUAUUGCCCGGGCCAUAAUACAGGGCGCAAUGACCCCCGGAAAAUGCGGAAUCCACCUCGAAGGGGCCUAUAUUCCUUACGGUGGGAAGGAGAAUCUUUUCCAACACUACGAGGUUCUAGUCUACCCGAUCAACGCCCUGGGACUCUUAGACUGGCGACAGGCAUCCAAUGGUGAGGUGCCGUGUAACGCCGUCAAAACAGACAACGACUUGUACGUAGGACGGGUUCUCUACUCCGGAAGUCUGAUUCCUUGCAAGAUCCAUACCACUCACAAAGUUGCCUAUAUGGGGUACUACCUGAAAGAACACAGCAGUAAGGAUUACGAAGUCCUCUGUAAAAUCAUUUAGUUGGAGGAGAAGACGAAAAAUAAUUUACUUGAACGCAAAACUGAGUGAACUCGUACCGCGUAUUUUUAUUACUUUUUUUGUUCCAAUAAAAUAUUUCAACUUUGUUAAUUAAGUUCUUUUUCUAGUAAAUUCCUGAUUUGCACUAU